AGCAAGCAAUAACUUCGUUAAAACUCCCAAGUGAAAAAAACAGCGAAAGAAUCCAGUAACGUCAUCUUCCAACAACAACAUUCUUGUGACACAAAAACACCGCCACAACCACCGUUGUCGCCGCCGCUUUCAAAUGGAUGCCGCAGAACCUGCUGUGGUGGCUGAGAGAGAGCAUGAAACUGAAGAUGGAGAAGAAGAAGUGGGUGCGAGGAAGGAGGAAGAAGGUGUUAGGGACUUGGAGAAAGGGGAAGAAAUGGGUGUUGGUGGAGAGAGCAAUGAUGGUGUUGCUCACAAUCACAAUGAUCAUGAAGAGUUUAAUCUCUCAAGGUUCAACAGGUUGAACCCCACUAACCCUUUGAGGAUUGUCAUUAAUAGUUCCACUAGAGCUGCAACUCCUUCUCCUGCUGCUGCUGCUCAAUCUCAACGUUCUCACCCACGCUCUAUUCCAAUUCCAACCCAACAACCACAACCACAACCACAACAACAUCAUCAACAUCAGCAGCAACCAGUGACCCUGAAUUCCAGAAAAUAUACCAAUAGAAUAUCCUUGUUUCUGUUUGUUGUCCACAUGUUUAUAGCUAUUGCUCUUGUGGGUUUUCUUGUAUUCAAGGGGGUUCAAGGGCUUAUACUAGAAUCAGAAUCUAUGAAGAGGAAAAAGAAAAACAUGUUAAAGUUUUUCCUUCCUCAAGUGGAAGCUGCUUCUUUCAUGAGCAUAAUUCUUGCUUUUAUUUGGCAACAAGCAAUCAGAAAAUGGCCCACGUUUAUGGUCCAUUUCAUAUUGUGGUUCACUUUUGUGAUGUCUCUGGCUGCUGGGAUUCUUCUAAUUUGCUUCCAAAAGCCUCCCACAGAUGGUGUUGGGGUUUGUUUCAUUGCUUUUGCAAUUGGCAAUGGCUUAUAUGCUUGUUGGGCUAGUAACAGAAUCAAGUUUUGUUGUAAGAUCUUGAAUUUAUCACUUCAACCUUUAUCCAAAUUCCCUGAUUUGAAUAAACCCACUUAUUACAUGCUUGGGGCUGGAUUCUUGUGGAUAUCACUAUGGAGUUUAGCAGUGAUUGGAUCCUUGAAUUUUUACUUUCCCCCUUUGGUAAUCCUUGCAUUGGUGCUGAGUUUGGCUUGGACUACAGAGGUUAUGAGGAAUGUUGUUAAUAUCACUGUUAGUAGGGUUAUUGCCUUGUAUUAUCUGAGGGGAAUGCAAUCUAGCACCCAAUUUUGUUUUCUGAGAGCGUUGACCCGGAAUCUUGGAAGUGCUUGUUUGGGGUCUCUCUUUGUGCCUGCAAUUGAAGCCCUGAGAGUUGUUGCACGGGCGCUGAAUUUGCUUGAGGGAGAAGAUGAGUUCAUGUUUUGUUGUGCUCGUUGUUGUUUGGGAGUCAUGGAAUCCAUUUUCAGAAAUGGCAAUAGUUGGGCAUACGUGCAGAUAGCAGCUUAUGGAAGAGGUUUUGUAAUGGCAUCGCAAGAGACUUGGGCCCUAUUUGAGAAGGAAGACAUGGUGGCAGUUGUAGACUCCGAUAUAACCAGUUCAAUUUGCUUCCUCACAGGAGUUUGCAGUGGCUCAAUGUGUGUCAUUGUUGUGGCUGCUUGGACUCACACAGUGCACAAAAGUUUCACAGCCACCCUUUCCCUUCUCACAUUCUUCAUUGGAUACCUUUUGACUAGGAUUGCCAUGGCAGUGCCUCAUGCUUGUGUGAGUUGUUACUAUGUGUGCUAUGCUGAGAAUCCAGAGAACAGGUUGUUUGAUAAAACAAUUAAAGAUCGCCAAGCCUUGUUAGAAACUCGCCGUGAAAUGGUUGUGCCAACACCAAGGGGAGUUAGGAGGUAUACAAAGACUUAGGCGAUGAUUGGAUACCAUUUUAGUGCAAUAUCAAUGGACUUUCAUCUCACUUUAUAUCUCGAAGUGGGUGAAUAUUGACGUUCGUCGGCACUGGAGCCAACGGGUAUCCAAAGAUAGCCUAGUGUAAUUUGCUUUUACCAUGUGAGAAUUCAUGUUAAUGGUGGCUUUAAGAUAUGACAUAGCCUUUGGUAGGAUGCACCCACUUGUGGGGUGGGUAGGGCAUUACCAUGACGAAAGGGGUUGAAUUGAAGUCCUUAGAAAAAUCCAUGACGGCUAAGGAAUUGUUGAGAAUGAUCUGGCUUAAACAGAUUUUUGUAUUGGGAUAGAAGGAACGUUGAGUAAAAUGAGACUAAUCAACAAGGCCACUAAAGAAAGUGACCUUGUGGUCCCGUCCUUGUAAUAUUAUGUAUAUUUUUUUGCAUAUAUACUUUUAGGAUAUUCCAAAUGGUAAAGUCCCAUCAUUAUUUUAUUGUAAGAGGUGCGUAGAAGCCACUAACUUUUAUUUAUUUAUUCUUGGGGUUCUUUAUCAA